AUGGGUAAGGUCUCUGGUGUUGUUUCCCGUCAAGUUUUGCCUGCUUGUGGCAAUCUUUGUUUCUUCUGUCCUGCUCUAAGGGCAAGGUCAAGACAACCUGUUAAGAGGUAUAAGAAGCUCAUUGCUGAUAUUUUCCCUCGUAAUCAGGAGCAAGGGCCAAAUGAUAGACAAAUCGGAAAAUUAUGUGAUUAUGCUGCCAAAAAUCCUUUACGCAUCCCAAAGAUUAUGCAAGCCCUUGAGCAAAGGUCAUUGUUUGCAAAUAGCUUGCUAAGUAUUAUUCACACGCUACUAGAUCAAUCAGGAGAAGAUGAAAUGAGAAUUCUAGGAUGCCAAGUUUUAUUUGAUUUUGUAAAUAAUCAGGUUGAUGGAACUUACUUGUUCAACUUAGAAGCUGCCAUCCCAACGCUUUGUCAAUUAGCUCAAGAAACAGGAGAAGAUGAAAGGACAAGAAUGAGUCGUUCAACUGGUUUGAAAGCCCUUUCAGCAAUGUUGCUUCAACUUUACCUUAGCUCUAAGGUAAUGCCUAAUGCAAAUCUAGUUCGAUUUAUGGGUGAAAAUUCUCAUAUAUCAGUUGAAUUUGAUAAUAUUGUGUCUGUUGUGUUGGAAAAUUAUGAAGUUCCUAAAGAAAAUUUAGCGCAUCUUGAUCAUGAGGAACAUGGCGUUGAGAAUACAUUGUUCCAAGAUGGUAUGGCCAAUGAGGAUCAAAACUCUCCUUUGCUUGAUGUCAAAAGGAGAAACCAUUCGUGGAGAAAAGUUGUUAACGAUAAAGGCGAAACGAUUCAUAUGGAUCAUAAAACUGUCCUUAAAGAACCUCAUAUGCAACUUGACAUUGUUGAGGUUACCACUUCACUUGCCCAAUAUGCAAAGGUUCAACCUUCUGUGUCAAUAGUUGGUGCAGUAAGUGACAUGAUGAGACAUUUGCGGAAGUGCAUACAUUGUUCCCUAGACGAGUCAAAUAUGGCCCCUGAUGUAAUAAGUUGGAAUAAAAAUUUCAGAAAAGUUGUUGAUAAGUGCCUUGUAAAGUUGUCAAAUAAGGUUGGAGAACCAGACCCCAUUCUUGAUGUUAUGGCAGUGAUGUUAGAGAACAUCACAACUACCACCACAACAUGUAGAACCACAAUUUAUGCUGUAAAUCGAACUGCCCAAAUUGUAACUUCUUUACCAAAUGCUUUAUAUCAUAAUAAGGUAUUCCCAGAUACCUUGUUUCAUCAACUGCUCAUGGCUAUGGUCCAUCCAGAUCAUGAAACACGAGCGGUAGCUCAUCGUAUAUUUUCUGUCAUUCUUGUGCCAAGCACAAUCUUGCCUCGUCCAAACAUGUCUCUUUCUCAUCGUAAUCCAUCAAGUGUUCCACGAACUCUAUCUCGAACAGUAUCUGUUUUCUCUUCUUCAGCUGUCUUAUUUGAAAAGUUAAAACUGAACAAACGUUCUUCAAGUGAAAAAUUUAUCGAGUAUAACAAAGAAAAUGUUUUUGGAGAGAUUGAACCAAUUAAUAAUAAUGUUGGGAUUGUAAGAAAGAUCAAGUCAAUGCAUAAUCGGGUGUCUAGUGUGAAUAACCCUCCCCUACAAAUUGAAGUGGAUGAAGUUGCCACAAAAAAAGAUAGAAACUCGGAGACUACUGCUCUUAGACUAAGUAGGCUUCAGAUAAAUCGAUUACUAUCAGCAAUUUGGGUACAAUCUAUGUCUCCUGGAAAUAUGCCUACAAAUUAUGAAGCUAUUGCUAAUUCAUACACUCUGGUGUUGCUUGUUUCCAGAGAAAAGGAUCUUAAGAAUUCUUUUCAUGAGGUACUUGUUCGAAGUUUUCAGCUUGCUUUUUCUUUAUGGAAUAUUUCUCUUAAAGAAGCUACUUCAAUGAUUGUAUUUUCUUCAAAAGAAUACAACAUUGAUCGUCUUGUCCAGAGCGCCAAGGGAGUGCUUAUGGAUAGACAGGUUGAUCCCUACCUUCAAUUAAUUGAAGAUUAUAAGUUGCAAGUUGUCAGCUUUGCACCUGACAAUUUAACCAUCAUCUAUGGAUCUAAAGAGGAUGAUGAUAGGGCCAAAAAGACACUUUCGGAGUUAAUGAGUAAUAUACACCAAACACGAGACAUAUUUGCUGUAGAAAUCAUCAAGAGCUUGGAAAUGUUUGCAAAGGCUGAAUUAUCAUCAAUAAAAGAACAACUACUGCAAGAUUUUGCACCAGAUGCGAUGUGUGGACUUGGAUCUCAAUUGAAUGUGAAAAUGGCUACAAAGCAUGCUGCUAAAAUUUCAACUAUUGAUGAUGACUUCAUUCUUGAACCUUCUGAAAGUCAAACUAAACAAAACUCGGCAUUAUCUACAGAGGUCCCUAAUUUUCUAAGUGCUAAUCAACUUUUAGAACUAGUGUUGGACACAUCUAACCCAACUGAGAGGAUAUCUGUAUCAAACACAUUUAACAUGCCAUACAAAGAUAUGGCGGAUCAAUGUGAGGAACUUUUGAUGGAAAAGCAGAAGAUGUCUAGAUUGAUGAGUGCUCAACAUAAGCAAGACUCUUCGGUGGACUCAGAUUUAUUGAAUCGAGGCAGUGAAUUGAAAAAAAUGGAUUCCUCUAACCAUGUGGAUGUGGAUUUUCCUAAGGUGGAUGUUCCUCCCUUUGAUGAUAAUGUUGAAGUGGAUUUUUUCAAACCCACUUCUAGUCCUCUUCCAAUAUUGUGUGCAACAGAAUAUCAAAAUCAACCUCACCCUUUCGAACUUCCAGUAUCAAGUCCCUAUGAUAACUUUUUAAAAGCUGCUGGUUGUUGA